CGAGAGCAAGCGGGCACCAGGGGAGCCGCGGGCACCAGCAUCCUGCUGGGCGCUCCCGCCGCGCCGCGGACGAGGGCAGGGGGGCACCUGUCCCGGAGGAUGAGCGGGCACAGAGGGGCCGCGAGCCGCGUCGGGCUCUCCCCGCCCCCCGGGGCCGCCGCCGGCCGAAUGGCUCCGCGCGACGUGUCGGUGGCGGCGGCGACGGCGCGGGCUCUUCCGGGAGCCGCCGCUUCCUGCCCAGCAUCGCGCAGCCUCGGCGCCGGCGCGCACGGCUCAGCCGCCGCACGCGCGCUCGCCCGCACCAUGCGCCCCGCGCCGCUGCUGCCGCUGCUGCCGCUGCUGCUGCUCGCGCUGCUGGCCGCGCCCGCCGCCGGCGCCCGCACGGCCGAGUCUGCGCCGCCGCCCGCCCCGCGGCCGGGCAACGACACCCGCGCCGGCGGCUUCAACGGCACCGGCGACGCCCUGAUGACCCGCGUGUCCACGCUGCUCCGCGACCUGCCCGCCCUGAAGGCGGCCGUGAUCGUGGCGUGCGCCCUCUCGGCGCUGCUCGUCGCCUGCCUGCUCCUGCGCGUUCUCAGGUAGAGCCCGUCUGCCAGCCUGCUGUCGUGCUGUGGGAACUUGGCCAGCUGCAGCCUGGGCUGUGAAGGAUCUGGAGCCACCUGGCGUCCGAGGGGUUAAAACCAAAGCAAGCACAACUUGGGAGACUCCAGCACACUCAUCGCUCAAGGUCACAGCAAGCCUGUUUCCAGCGCUCCACGCCGCAGUCACCAUCGCCGUCUCGGUGGCCCCUUUAAAAUGGCACCACCCUCUCCCCUCCGGGGGGCUCGGCCUUGCCCAGGGGCCCAGCGGGGAGGUAGAGAAUGCACAGGGGCCUGAGGACCAGGAGUCUCCACCGCGCUGCCCCUGGACCUGCCCGCCGGGCGGCCGCCGAGUGGGGCCACCUGCCAGCGGUGAACACGGCCACGGCUCCGCUCCCUUCCUAAAGGGUCCCACGAUGGGCACGGCGCGUUCGCAGGCGGUUUCGAGUAUCAGGGAACGACGUGUGUACAUGUGUGCACGCGCGUGUGUGUGUACACGUGUGUAUGCGGCUUAGGUAACUGCCGUGGGAAAGCGCUCCCUGGGUCUGGUUCCGGGCAUCUUGUGCUGUCCGUGCGCCUCUCUGCCCUGUGGCGGCCCGCUGUUUGUCUUAGAAGCUGCCCAGAACAGAAGCACCGCGUGGGUGAAGUGGUGGUGGCUUGGCUGAAUAAAAACGCACUGCCUGGUGGCGGUCCCCCGCCUGGCGGAAGCCCCUCCCACAGCCUCGCCCCGGGGUUGGGCUGCAGCUGAGCCUGUGCACCCUGGGGUUUGGCUUUUGAGAAGGUGUCACCCCUCUCUGUCUCCCGCUGUGUGGGAGGGGACCCCGGCCUGCCCGAUUCCCCCCACUUUCAAGCCCCUGGGUUUCCUGAGCAGGGGCUGCCAGUGUGGUGGGGGCCCCCACGGGCAUGGGUGCUGCGUGCCGGAGGGGGAGCCCCGGGAAGCCCUGGCGGCAUCCUGCCUCCUCUGCUCUUUCUUCCUCUCCCCUGUCCUGCAGAGGAGUGAACUGGAAACAGACUGAGCCCUGUGGCCGGGAGCGCGCGCCCUCCCCUCCUGGCUGGGACUGGCUCACCGUGUGUGCUGGCAGCUAAGGCCUUCGGAAACGCCGGGUUCCUGGCCUUUGGUGCGGCCCCAGCUGCCCAGCGGGCGGGCACCGUGCCUGGAGGGAGCGGCCGCCGCCAGUGCCUUCCAGAUCCUGGGUGGAGCUUCAGCAGCGUGGGCUCACCAAUAAAGAGCUUUACACGUGAA